AUACCACCGGCGACAGCCAGUGCGGUACAAGGCGUAUUUUCCAGAAAAAAACCUCCUAAAAUCAAUCACCUCUAUUUUCCCACCUAUUUUCUCUUUUCUUUUCUUUUUUUGUCGGCGGUUUUUCACUACAAUUUUCUUUAUAGCAAACUUCUUCUUAAUAAAAACAAAAAUAAUCCGAAAAAACGAAACAAAAUAACGUGAUCAGAUUCCAUUCUCAGCUCCUAACAAGAAUUAAUCGAAGGAAAAAAAAGAAAAAUCGAGUUGCUUAUUUCCUUCUCCUUUUCAAUUUGAUUAAAAAAAAAAACAAUCGGCAUAAAUCAAUAUCUCCGUGGAGUAAUGGAUAAAGGCAGCAGCGGAGCAGAAAUGGCCGGGACGGUGAUUUCUUUCAAAUUGAAAGAGGCCUCGAGCUGGUGGCACGAUAUUAAUGAAUCACCGUUCUGGCAAGAUCGCAUCUUUCAUGUCCUAGCCGCCCUCUACGGUCUCGUCGCCGCCGUUGCUCUUAUUCAAUUGAUAAGGAUACAAUUGAGAGUUCCGGAAUAUGGCUGGACUACGCAGAAGGUUUUUCAUUUUCUCAACUUCCUCGUGAAUGGGGUUCGAUGUCUACUAUUUGUUUUUCGCCGGAAUGUAGAAAGCAUCCAUCCACCGAUUUUGCAACAUAUCUUCCUUGAUUUCCCAAGUCUGGCAUUCUUCACCACAUAUGCGCUUCUGGUUCUGUUCUGGGCAGAGAUUUACUACCAGGCACGUGCGGUAUCUACUGAUGGACUCAGGCCAAGUUUCUUUACAAUUAAUGCGGUGGUUUAUGCCAUUCAGAUUGCUAUGUGGCUGGUGUUGGCUUGGAAAACUAUUCCAACUGUUGCCAUCCUAUCAAAGGUGUUCUUUGCAGGUGUGUCUUUGUUUGCAGCUCUUGGUUUUCUACUCUAUGGUGGAAGGCUCUUCUUAAUGUUGCAGCGAUUCCCUGUGGAAUCCAAAGGGAGGCGUAAGAAAUUGCAAGAGGUUGGCUAUGUAACCACCAUAUGUUUCUCAUGCUUCCUUGUUAGAUGCAUUAUGAUGUGCUUUAAUGCAUUUGAUAAAGCUGCAGACCUUGAUGUGUUGGAUCAUCCGGUUCUAAACUUCAUAUAUUACUUGCUGGUGGAGAUUUUACCUUCUUCUUUGGUUCUUUUCAUUUUGAGGAAAUUGCCUCCAAAACGUGGUAUCACACAGUAUCAUCCCAUACGUUAAAAGAAUUGGAGGUAAGUGUAUGAUGGAAUGGAAUUCUCAAGAAUGGCUUAUAUGCUUCCAUUCACUUUGGAGAUGCUAUUGCCUAUCAUACUAAGACAAGACAAGGGAUAGCCAUAGUUGAGUUUUUGUUAUAUUGGAGUCUGCAAGCUAAUUUUAUGGAAUGUAAAAUGUCAAUUGUUCAUGGUAGGAGGCCAUGUAUGUGCUGAAAAAGCAUGACCUUCAAAGUACUUGACUGUGUUACAGUUAGUGUUCUAAUCUGUGCUGGCUGCAUGUCUUAUGCUUGGUGCUCUGUUUCUUUCUAUAACUUUGCAAGCAACCAUGCACAAGAAAUAGUGGGAAAAUUGUUUGUUGUGCCUUAGGCUUGUGCUGUUUCUUAUACUGGACCCGUCAAAUGUUCUUUGUUCUCUCCCA